UGAUCGGUGGCCGGGGCCUCCCGGGAGUUGCUCUGCGGCUGUUCGCAAGGGCCGGAGACGGCGGCGGUGGCACCAUGUCGUUCCGGGAUCUCAGGAAUUUUACUGAGAUGAUGAGGGCUCUGGGAUAUCCCCGACUCAUCUCUAUGGAGAAUUUCCGCACUCCAAACUUCAUCCUGGUUUCAGAGAUGCUUCUUUGGCUGUGCAGAAGAUAUGAACCUCAGACCGAUGUCCCUUCUGAUGUUGAGACAGAGCAGGACCGGGUUUUCUUCAUUAAGGCAGUAGCUCAGUUUAUGGCUACCAAAGCUCAUAUAAAGCUCAACACAAAGAAGCUUUACCAAGCAGAUGGCUAUGCAGUGAAGGAGCUGUUAAAAAUAACUUCUGUGCUUUACAAUGCCAUGAAAACCAAAGGAAUGGAGACCACCUCAGUGUCCGAGGAAGAAAGCAGCAAAUUCAAGUUUGACCUUGGUUCAAAAAUUGCUGAUUUGAAGGCAGCCAGGCAGCUUGCUUCAGAAAUCACAUCCAGAGGAGCAUCUCUGUAUGAUUUACUUGGCAAAGAGGUGGAGUUGAGGGAAUUGAGAACGGAAUCCAUUGCGAGACCUCUGGAGAUAAAUGAGACUGAAAAGGUGAUGAAAAUUGCCAUCAAAGAUGUUCUGGAACAAGUCCAGAAGACUAAGGACAUGUUGAAUAACGUGGCCUCAGAUGAAGCCAACUUGGAAGCCAAGAUUGAAAAGAGAAAACUGGAACUGGAAAGAAACCAGAAGCGACUACAGACCCUACAGAGUGUCCGACCAGCCUUUAUGGAUGAGUAUGAGAAGAUCGAGGAGGAGCUGCAGAAACAGUAUAGCAGUUAUCUCGAAAAAUUCCGUAAUCUGGCCUAUCUGGAACAGCAGCUGGAUGAUCAUCACAGAGUAGAGCAGGAGAGGUUUGAGGUAAGAAAGUUUUGGCCAGGGAGGAACCCAGAGCUCACAGUCAGCAACAUCUUCAGUGGCCUCCGCCACUUUCGUACUGCCUUCUGCUGUGCAUCUGCCCUCGGUGCCUACGGUCCCGACCCCUUUGCCUCCCACCCCGUAGUCGAUUCCGGCACUGUGCUCAGCUCCAACUGCGGCACUGGCCCUCACGGCAUCGACACACCUGUCUCCCACACCUGCACCGUUGUCGACGUCAACCUCGAUGCAGGCACCUACGGCCCCAGUACCAAUGUUGGCACCAGGCCCCCUGACGCUGGCAGCUCCCUCCG